CACGCUGUCUAACAGUAGUUUAGCCGCGGCCAAGAACGUUAUAAUGUUUUGAAUGCGCCUUGUUUUAAUUUUAAUCAUAAAAUAGGUUUUUAUCAAUGGAAACUUUCAAUUUGAACUGCGGUAUGGAUUCAUAUCGAUUAUUGUGUUGUGUGUGUGUUAUGUUUUGUGAUUGUGUUCGGACAAAGUGUUUAAUCUAAAAGAUCAGUGAAAGUGUGGUUAUGUUGACAGUUGUAUUGUUAGAUAGAUCAAAGGAAUAUGAAAUUGAAUUGCACGGGAUUGUGCAAAUGAGAUCAGUUUAUCAGGCGGCCGCCUCCGCGGAAGGUAAAGACCGGGCUCUAGAGGUCCGGGGUCGCGUGAGCCCUACCAGAAGUUCGAUUGUCGACAGCAUUCAGUUCGCCGACGCCACGACGAGUGAACGUCGGAAAGAAAACGACUCACGUAACUAUCGUUCCACUGAAUAGCGUGCGCGUAGUCGAUCGUGACGUGCAAUGCCCAGGGCCCCGCGCGCCCCUCUACCCCUCGUAGGGCUAUGGAGACCCUCCUCGAUAAGUUCAAGAGGGAGCAAGGAGGCCUCCGACGUUCCAGAUCCGUCCGCGCUUCCCUACGACUGAUAGGCAACCGGUGGCGCGCGAAGGACGAAGACUCGGAGGACAUCGAGAGGAUCAAGGACGACGUACUGACGCAGAUCUUUAGCGGAGAGAAAGAUUACAGCGUCGCGUACGCGGGCAUCGACGGCACGUACAAGCCGAAGACUCCCAACAUGGCGAAGCGGAAGGCGGAACCCGCGAAACUGAGGAAGAAGAGCGGCGACAUCGACUUGACGUUGAAGCCGCAGCGGCACAGGCGGGUGGAGAAAACCAAAUUCAGUGACUUGUUCAACAAGAAACCAAAGAGUGUAUCCGCUAAGGAGCUACUCAUCCCAGAUAAGAUACCGCCCAAAGCAGCGGCGAUACUGCAUAUAAACUCGCCGGGAAAGGAGACAAAAGACAAGACGAAGAAGAAGUUGAAGAUGGCGAAGUCUGAGAGUGAGAAUGUGAUAUCAGGACUCGCUACGUACAGACGGACACGGCGGGGAUCAGAGAGUGACAUGUGUGGGAGCCAGCCGCGCGGGUGCGUGAACCAAGCAUUUGUGUACAGUACUCCGCCGAAGGAGAGGAAGCUACCAUUGUCGCCGACGACCUACUUGAAGCUGCAGUACGGCGCGCUGCUCGACGGCUGCGGCGGGGAGCUGCCGUCGCUCAGCGCGUGCGCCCCCCUCCCCCCGCACCUCGACAAGGCGACGCGCCGCCAGCAGAAGGACGCGCGCGCGCACCAAGACAAAAUAGCACAAGUUAACAUACACUUGCAGGCAUUAUUUGCGGCGGUAGAGCAUGGCUACAUCGACAAGGCGAGGAACAUCUUGGAGUCCACAGAUGUCGACGUUAAUAGCCUUAACCCUGAUGGAUUGUCACCGUUGGACGUGGCGGUGUUGGCUUGCAACCGGCAGCUCGCCAGAAUGCUUAUGGAGUUUGGUGCUAAGGAAGGAACACAAUUUAAAACAGCGGAAGCUUUAGGUUCACAUCUACGGAGGCUGUCGCGCGAAGCGGAAUCUCGUUUGCAUGAAAUUGCUGGAUAUUUGCCAGAAAGAGGUUGCCGAGAAGAUGUCUGCAGAUCAACAGCAAGUGGGCAGGCUGGCACUAUGGGCUGUGCUGGAGGUACGGGCUCGGAGAAAGACAAACAAACUCAACAUUGGGAAAGAAGAGUGCGCACACUUAAACGCCUAGUCCAGGGCUGGCAGCAGGCGCGAGUGCCCACCAUACUGUCGGCGCCGGAUCUUGAAGUGUGCGGCGCGCACUCCGUCACUGUGCGACUGAAGGACCCACGCUCUGCGCAACCAGCGUUGCGUGACCCGCCUAUUGUUACUAAGUAUAAAGUGGAAUGGUCAUCACGAGCGGAUUUUUCGAACGUGUGCGGCUGUCGCGAGGUGACCGCGUCAGGCGCGAACUGCACACGAGUCCUGGUGGCGGGCCUGACUCGCGGCCGCCGGUACUUCUUCCGUGCCUCCGCGGGUAAUGUGAAGGGUUGGGGGCCCUUCACCGUGUCAGUACCACGGAGCGUUGUGCCUAGUAGUUGGCAUGACGUAUCGUCGCGAACAUCCCGCGGCGAGCCGGGCGGCGCCGCAGCAGCGCUGGAAGCGCUAGCCAACGCCGCCGCCAGCGCCCGCCAGCGCCCGCCGGCGCAACCGCCGCGCCUGCCGAGGAAGAAGACCGCCACCAUCCGACAGCUGUUCACCGCUGCCAGCAAGUUCCAGAAGAAUUUGAGGAGGGGAGUGUACUUGGCAUGCAUCAUCUACCACGAAGACAAGGUGCUGGUUACCAGCGAAGAGUUCCUGCCGGUCAUCGAAGUGGACGAGACAUAUCCAGCUUGUAUAUACACAGACUUCCACUGGCUUAUGAAGGUAUCAUGUUCCUGGGACGAAGUGAAGGCACUGAGAUCAGAUAUGGAGAAGCACACUUCUUCGUCUAUACACUUUCGACUGAAGUUGCUUACUGCGGCGGCGCAGAUGCAAUCAGCCCUCUGCAUUCAGGAUCUAGGUCAACUGUACCACAAACCGCUCCGAGACGCGCACGGCACGGUGGUGCUGUCGUGCGUCAACGUGAUCAAGUCGCAGAAGUCGGUGUCGGCGCUGAACUCGCGCUGGGUGCCGGUGGCCAAGUUGCGGCGGAGGGUGCUGAGCGAGGACAACACUAUGGGAGAGCUGCUCAUGGCGUCGGUGCACGAACAGAUCGCUUACCAUCAGGUAUCCAGAUACCAACUGCCCCGAGGGCUGUACAUGGGGUAUCUCAAGCUGCAGUCAUCGGUGGAGGUGGUGCGGAUAGUGGCGCCGGCGCGGACCCCCAACGUCCCUCCACACACUCGCGUUCGGGACAACCCACACGUUUCUGCGGAGGAAUGGGAAUAUCUGAAAUCUCAAUCCGGCAAAACUGACGAAGCUCAAUCAAUGAACAACCUCGUACCGAUCGCUGCGUACGAGAAACCUUCAGAAUCUCAGGAGAUGUUCCUCGAACAGAUCGCCACGGCUUCGCGGAGACUCUUUAAAGACAUGGAGAUACCCGACGAAAGCGUCAUCACCCACCGAAUAUACGAUCUCGAAGUUAUAGAGCUCAAUAAUGACGUCAGCUUUGUCAUGGUGUGUCCGCCCGCAGAGCAAGCCUGCUCGGUGCCGGGACAAAAAGAAAUCCUACUCCAAAAAGGCGAUCUCCUCAGUUUGCCGAUCCAAGCCUUCGAAAUGAUCCACCUCCAGACAUACCAUACCAAUAUAUUAAACAAAUACUCAAAGUUAAGUUGUGUGUUAGAAUUAGAUGUAGCUUUAGCCGCCCACUCGCAGAGGGAAGCGUUUUCGUGCACGGAAUUGCAAACUGCCAAAGAGAGGCUCACGAAAUUGGAGGAUCUCCAAAAUAACUUGAACUUGGUGUGGAAGGCCGAGCGUUGGUUGAUGGACUUGAUAGUCUUCGCGAGGGACAAGGACAAGUCUGGUCCGAGCUCAGGAAUAUUGCUCAAAUAUGUGUUAGACAAAACGCCGUCCAAAUGCGUCGAUCGACCAGACAGCGCGAUUUUCGAAAAAGAUGCCAAUCUGAAGAUAGAUUUGUUGCAAAUACCUCCGCGUGAUGGGAAAAUCACGAAAACGUCUCCUGGCCGAGGAUCUUGGCCAGGACCGGCCGGGAACGGCAACCACGCGAACUUGCACCCUGAGUUCAGCAAAUCCGAACAGCAGCUGAGUUUGGCGCCUCGCCAGACCUCAGUGUCGACGUUGAACUUGAGCGCAUUCCAGUAUCUGCCGUCCGAUCCGAAGUACGCCAGAAAGGGGAGUGCCGAUUCCCAGUACACCCAAUCGAGUGUGAUGAGCAACUAUAUGAGCAGCAACUCGCAAUUUGACAUAAAAUCCACUGGAUCUCAUAUAAGCAUCAACAGCAGCUGCAGUCGGCUUCCACCAUCGCGUAGCGAAGACACGCUGGUGAUACAGAACGAAAGUAUCGAGCCGAAGCCUCGACCGCACAGUAUAAAUACGAGCGUUUCCACAUCAUCGAGUCCGCUUCUAACAGUCAAAGGCUUCUAUCCCGGCAGCAUGAUAAGCGUCAAAACUGUGAAAGGGAACGUAUCGGAAUCGGUUCAGAGUUUAUCAAGUGAUUCAGAAAGCCAAAGCUGUCCGUUGACCACGACGCUGUCUUUGAAAAUCCGUCCGCAAGCGAACCACAGAGGACAAUGUGCCGUGAUAUCGUCAAAGAGUAUGACCAACGUGAAGAGUUCAGAAGUAGACUUCACUGACACUGGCCAGGAUUUGUUCAACAAUGGGCACAGUGUGAAGCGCCAGCCGUUGGUGGAGGCGCAGGAGGACAUCGAGUAUAAUAGUAAGAUUCCAAAGACUGAGGACAGAGUGAGUGACGGUGAGGAGCGCGGUGUCAAACUGCCUGCAGCUCAACGACACACUGAUCAAGCGGGUAUUUUGCAGGUAUUCGCAGCUUACGAAACUGGUCUGGCUGCGGGUACAUCGCUAAAACUGCACGUCACUCCGCGGACAUCCGCCCGCGAGGUCAUCGACCUAGUUGUCAAACAGCUCAAUAUGGCUGCCGUCCUAAAAGGGAAAUCCGGCCCAGUUUACGGCCCUGAGAAACUCCAGGAUUUCUGCUUAGUAGCAGUUAUUGGAGCCCGAGAGAGAUGCCUAAGGGAUGAUUUUAGACCACUCCAGUUGCAAAAUCCCUGGAGAAAGGGCAGAUUGUACGUCCGACUCAAGCAUGACGUCCUAGCCGCCCUUCAGCAUUCAGCCAAACAGCCCGCGUAUAUUUAAAUAUAGAACAAUUUAUUUUUAAUUAAACCAGAAAUAAUAGAUCUAUAAUAGAUUAAAUAAAUACGAUAAAUUUAUUAUUAUUAUUUUCUUAUUGAGGUCCAUUAUCUCAGAGCAUAGUUAUUGGGAGUCCUAGAUGCUGAUGCGUAAGUUUAUUUUUCGGUGCCAAUUAUUGUUUUCGAUGCUUUAAAUAAUUAAGUAUUAUUCAUAUAAGUGGAAGUUGUGAAUAACUAUAGGACAUAUUGCAGAAUGUGUGGUGCUUCUCACUGUAAAAUCAAUAUUAUAUAGAAAUACACAUACCUACAUAUUACCUAACUAUUUAUGGUUAUAUAUUAUUAAAUGUUAUAUUAGUUACCUCUUACUAAUAAAAUUAUCAAUAGAUAUUCUUCUAAAUAGCUUUCUCUCUCUCUACGAAGUAAUUAUGAAUUUUGGCAAGAUUUUUAAAAUGAUUUUAAAAUGUGCGUUUACUCUUCAAGUCAUCGACGUCUAUUUUGUCCAUGUAUGUCUUAACCUUCAGACUAAUUACGCAAGGACUAUAAUAUUGCACCCAAAUUCACGAACAAAAUUGUCUGUCAUUUUCUGUGGAACCGAAGCUUAGACUUGGUAUAUAUCUUAUACUAAACUAGAAAUUUUUGCUCUUUUUUCACACCAUUCAACUACACAAAAAGGUGUAAAAUGAAACAUCGAUUCUAUAGAGACAGUUUUUAUAAUUGCAUUAGAUCGUUGAUCAUAUACUUUGAUAGAAAAGUAACGUUUGCGAGGCAGGUCCUUAUCUAAUUAGCCUGAGGUUUUAACCAUUGAAACACUUAUUAAUAUUUGUUUUUCAGUUCAUAGACUUUUAUAUACACAUAAUAUACAGCAAAAGUGUUUAAGGCUUUAGGUGUGUAAACCUUCAAUAAAUUCUAAAAUAAUGAUUUACAAUUUUUUUCACACUUAAUACUUAUGCAACAUCCAAUAAUGAUAAUAAAUAUUGGUAUUUACUAUCAUAUCUCUGAGGAAUACAGGGUUGACAACGAAACGCAAUAUUUUAUUAAGUCGGUAAAACUUAUUAUUUUUAAACAAGUUUCAUGAAACUCAGAAACCAUAAAAUUCCUACUUCUUAAAUUAUUUCGAAAAAUAUAAGAUGGCAGUUACACUGUGUGUGUAAAAUAAAAAAGUACUUUCACUUAAAGUGUCAAGUAAGUAAAUGAAAAUUUAAAAUUCUACGUGUUUGUAGAUAUAAGAAGGUAUUUCAUAAUAUUGUGAUUUUAUGAAUUAUGCCGUAAGAGGACUAAUUAAUUAAUAUUAAUACAUAGAUACGUAUUUUGUAUAAAUAUUAAAACUUCAAAAAGUCUUUGAGAUGAUAUUUUUAGUAACAAUAAAAUUAUAUCCUAGUUUUUUUUUAUUAUAUUUUGAUCUAACUAAAAUGCCAUAAACAGUGUACCAUUAAUAAUUUAGUAUAAACUGUAGGUAUAUUUAAUUUUUAUUAAGUUACGAGUACCUACCUAGAUAUUUUAUUAUGUUCUUAUGAGUUUUGAUUAUAUUUUUGUAAAUGUUUUAUAAAUUCAGUAUAUCAGAAAUAAAUAGGAUUUUAAUCUACUGAGAAAUAUAUAUUCGAAUGAAAAAAUUAAAACAAAUUAAAUUUAACUUAUUGAAUCAAUUUUGAGUUUGCAGUUUUUUUUAUUAUUGUAAAAAGACUAAAGAAAAAUAAUAUCACUGUAGUAUUUACUGUAUAGAGAAGAGUAUAGAAAACAAAUAGUUGUUGUAAUAUGGUUUAGUUAGAGUAUUAUAAAUAUAUUAUUGUGAAAUAAAAUAAUCAACGAUUCGAGCCAUACCUACUUACUUACGUAUUGCAAUUAUAAUUACAAAAGCCUAACUGAAUGUCUUAUGAUGAUUAUAUAUUAUUAUUGAAAUGUGUUUUAUUAGUAGAUUAUUUUACUACAUUGUAGGUAUUCACCCUUGUUCGUGGUGUUGUACAUUAGAGAUUAUAAUAGAAAUGGAAGUAUGAAGUUAUGCACAAAAAUAAAUGUAUUUCGAAUCUGAA